AUGAAACGUUUUUUUAUUACUACACUCUGCCGCCCACAUACUGCAUUGCUUCUGUCGGCCGCAACAACUUCAACUGCUCUUUACCAUUUCACAAGACCAAUACACGCAUCCGCAGCAUCCGCAGCAGCUACUCCAAAUAAUAGAAUAUAUUUCCCAGUCCGUUAUGAUUAUGAAUUUGACUCACUUGCACUUCUCCCUACACCUCUUCUUGCAAAUUUCACACUUCGUGGCGAUGUUGCGUCAGACCGCUUGACAGCUGCACUCAUCCGUAUCGUCUCUUAUGAAACUGAAAAAGAAAUCUCUGCUGUAGAUAUUGAAGUCGACGAACCAACAACAAGAGAUUUAAUGUAUAAGUACAAUGUUAAUAAAAUCCCUACCGUCGUUGCCCUUAAAGGUGGAAUCCCUAUCGGUUCUUACACUCUCCCAGACGAUUUUAAAGAAGUUGACUGGCAAGACUUUAAGCAAUGGAUUGAGUCCAUGGCUUCAAAAUAA